AUGCCUCCUCGGCUACCACUGCGGCUGAAGGCCCUAUCGUGCGGCACUCUCCCAUCUGUAUCGACUCCAGUUGCAGCGGCACCGGUGGUCUCAGGAAUCCCAGCCUUCCUGCUUCCUUUCCUACGCCAUCAACCUCAACCCUCCCAGCGACGGCAUGCCUCGAUCCUAACCUCCUUGUCCGACCGGCCUGGGGCCUACAACCGCAAGAUUCGCAGAGGACGAGGUCCUGCGUCGGGCAAAGGAGGUAAAUCCGGUCGGGGCUCAGACGGGCAGAAGCAACACGGCAAAGUGCCAGAGGGGUUCAAUGGAGGCCAAACACCCGAACACAUCGUGCACGGCAAAUAUGGUUUCAUCAACCAAUUUGCCAACGACAUGGCGCCCGUCAACCUGGACAAGAUCCAGUCCUGGAUCGACCAAGGUCGCCUCGACGCUUCCCGACCCAUCACGCUGAAGGAGCUGAGCGCUUCGCGUCUGCUUGGCCAGAUCAAGGACGGCGUCAAAUUACUGGGCAAUGGCGCCUCCGAGCUGAAAACCCCGAUCCAUAUCGUCGUGUCCAGGGCGUCGCGGUCAGCAAUUGCUGCGGUCGAGGCACUGGGCGGCACAGUCACCACGCGCUUCUACACCGCGCAGGCGAUCCGGCGCAUCAAGGCUGGGUCCACGCAUCCAUUUGUUUCGAUGCGCUGGGAUGUCGGGGCGCUGAACAACCCGCACCUGGCCGUCGAGGGCGCAGAGGCCAUCGAGAACCGCGUCAAGGCCAUGGGCUUCCGUUAUAGACUGCCGGAUCCGAGCUCGAGGAAGGAUCUGGAAUACUAUCGCGACGCGAAGCACCGCGGAUAUCUGAGCCACACGGUCAAGGAGGGCGAGAUGGCAAGUCUAUACUUCAAAGAGCCGCUCAGCGAGGAGCAGCUGAAGGCGCUGAAAAGGGAGAGCGCCGUGGGUGGCAGGGCUGCCAAGAGGAAAGAAGGUGACAAGCUGUGGUAG